AUCAUACACAAUUUUUCUUCGAAUCCUUGUAAUUUAUUUUUUUUUAACUCUAGACUAAAGAUGACGAACUUAUCUCGCCCUGCCCGACCAGACCAGCGCAUUAGAGAUUCUUCUAACUCAAAUAAAACACCACUUGGUACGAAGCCAGCCACACAGGCAAGCGGCAAUUUGCAAAAUGUCUCCAGACCCGCUCAGUUCGGAUUGAACAAGAAAACAAGGGUGUGCCCGCCGAAGAAGCAUACCGAUACCUACACGAAGCAGGAGAGCACAACAAAGCAAUUCAAGAAUUUAAAUUUCUCUGGAACUCGCUCAAAUCUUCAAUUGACUGUACAAAACCUAGAGUUUCCUGAUGUGAACAUUAAGCGCACGGAUUUACACAAACGAGACGACUGCGGGAAGGGGUUGGUUACGGAAAAAACUGCCGUUGACUUUGAAAGCUCAAGCAACUCACAUUUCCGCAAUGGCAUCGAGACGGUUAAGUUUCGUAAAGGUAAAUGUACUAGCACCUCGUCGGAUAGUAUAGAUGGGUCAGGUAGUGCCAGCCAACGGGAAUCAGAGCGCCUCUCUGCGCGCCUUGAAGGAUUUGUUCAAUCAGAUGAAAUGAUUGACUCGCAGCAUAAGCAGUCUGAUUUAGGAUCCCAUUUCAAGAGUGAAGAGUGGGCUAAGCCCUGCCCUGGGAGCUAUGUUGCCGGCGCCCCGAAGUCUCAUAUUGGCGUUUGUCCGGAAAACUACGAGCAGCUAGCUAAGUAUUCAGCACAGCGGCAGAAGUUCUUCCUCACCCAGGAUCCUCGUAAGACUCAUUGCCUAACGAACCCGCAGGCGCUGCGCCAUAAGACUCUAAACAAGCACCAAGCGUAUAAAUUAAUAACCGAAACUGUCGAGCAAGCGGACAAUGUGUGCGGGGAAACCAAAUCGGAAAAAUCGGACUCUUAUCUGUGCGAAGUUAUCGAUUUGGAGAAUCCACUUAAUCUUGACUUUCAGGGCAUGGACUACAAGAUUAACUACCAGCAGGAUGAACAGGAGGCACAAAACCAAUUGGUCUACUGGCGGGUCACACGUUACAUGGAUCGACGUCGUGUUAAGCAGCAAACACAAGGUGCGGUAGAAGAAGAACUUAAAAAGGAACGACUGGCUAUACCCCCAGCCUUUGCAACCAAAAUAAAGGACGAACCAUUAGUUGAAGAGACACCUGUAAAGUCGCCGCGGCUGAGCGAGCUUUACCGCUGCGUAGACAAGCCAGCUAACAAGCAAAAGAUCAAGGAGGAGCAAAAUCGUCGGGCGGCCCGCUACAAAGAUAUUUAUCUGCGCAAUAAACAGCGCACAGCCGACCAAGAACAGCUCCGAAAAAAGCAAGAGGCCGCCGCUAGAGAAACUGAGGCCCGUAAUGUGGCAGAAAUGGACUUGCGAAACGAUGUUGCAAUUAUUGACGAUGCUAUUGAACGCAGCUUCCGCAAACACGUUGAGAUCAAACAGGUUGUACGCAAGCGAAAAUUCUUUCCCAAAACUAUCGCAGAAACGAACCGCCUUAAAAAAAUAAUGCACAAAGAGAACUGUAUUAGGCGUGACAAGGCUUACGUGAAGCAGCAGUUCUUCUUGGAGCGAACCGGUAAACUCAAAAAAUUCCCAGAUGCGGAGCUUAAACUGGCAUGUGAGGGCUCAAUAAAUGAAAGUGUCGGCUCUACUCCCAGUGAGCAGAGCAGUGACGACGAAGACUACUUAGAUGUUGGAAAAAAGGGUGAUUAUUUUCAAUUACGAGGCUUUCAUUUCAAGCAUGGCGACUAUCUGCGAGGUAAGCUUCAUCGCCACCAGAUCAUGCAAGGCCAGCGGACUGUGAAAGGCUGCCUUACACGCGAAGAAUGGCUUAACCAGCUUGCACCGAAGAAACAGCCGAUCAAAUUAGACGUGGAAGCAGGGAUCAUUAAAGUUCGGGAUCCGGAUGAUCCAAACUUGAACCUCUUCCCACCAGUCCCAAUAAUUAAGGAACGGUCCGACAAAAAGAGUGCAGUGCAUGAAUUCAUCUCGCAGGAUCUCGGCCUGCACUACCACCGCCAGCUACGGAAGAAUCUUAAGUUUGUAAAGCCCAAACUGAAGUAUAACGUGAAGAAGUUUAACUUGAUUCGCUAUGUAUUUCCCGAGAAACCAUUACAAAAUUUGUACGACACUCAUGAAGAAGAGGUAGACACUUCCAAAGUGAACACAACAGAAGAAUAUAUAGAGAUCAAACGAAAAAUCGAAGAGGCACAACAUCACAAGGAGAAAAUGGCGCGCAUGCAGCUAAUGGGUCUGCCAUGUGUAGACACAAUUAAGGACGAAAUGCAGUCACCAUGUGACCAACAAGGGGAAGAUUUUGAUCCGGACUGGGUACCCACGCCCGAACCAGAAUACAACAUGGCAGACUCUAGCGUACCCCAAUCACAGCAGGAUAUCCGUUUGCCUGGAGGCGAGCGUGUUCCCAUCGAAAAACGGGGCAACAUGCCAGCACCCAAAUUUCGAGAGAAAACAUUUGUUCAGAACCCUCAUCGCCGGCGCGACUACGAAACCGAACGAGUGCCCUCGGCUCAGUUUCACGAGGCUAUUAAGACCUCGGGCAUGCCAAUGCUAGAGAAACUGGUGCCGGAUAAAAUAGAGUUUGCUAAUGUGCGCUCCAAAAAACGGCCCUACACGCAUAUGUUUGAGGCGCGCCACCACCACGACCACUGGCAUCCAACGCACUCGAAAACCGUCCAUGUUCAUUAUCAGACGAAAACAGUGUAUCCAGAAAUUACGCGGCCCCAUAAGAAAGUAAAAAAGGAUGCAAUACAGUUCAUCAAAGCGAAUCCGCCGUGCAAAAAGUAUUUAAAUGUCGACCUUACAAAACAGGAACACGACUUCGAUAAAAUGAUAGCCGAACACUUGGCAACCACCAGAAGUGAUGUGAAGGCGACCGCAGGAGAGAUGGUUCAGGACUUGUGUCACACCUACGACUUUAUUUUUCAUUCUCGCGACCCAAAGGAGUUAGCAAAGCUGGACUUUCCAGGCCGUCGAAAGUAUAUUGAGUUUCUUCGCGAAACCCGGGAGGCAGUAUACGGGACUAAGGACAUUGAACCAGGCGAGGAGCGGCUGCUUGUAGAUCGCAAAGCCAUUGUGGCCGAUCUUGAGGAGGACUUAAAGAGCAUUGAAGAGUGCCUCACUUCGUUGAGCAGCUCAGACUGCACGAAUUUGACGGCCGAUAGUGGAAGUUUUUUACUUAUUGACGGAAAAACAAAGCUACCCCUUGACUACAUUCGUAAACCAUUGGUGCCCUUUGAGGAGCUACAUCGUUCGCGAUUUCAGGCGGAAGUUAUCGACGCAGAGGCUGAAGAUGCCAAUCCAUAUCGUCUACUUCCGUUCUCAGGGCAACACAAAGAGCAAGCAAGUCUAUUGGGUCCAAAAGAUACGUUCUUUACCUUCAACACGCGCUUAAGAAACGGCUUGCGUCUACGUCUAGAGGUUCCAGUUCCUGAUGUCCGAAACACGCUUUUAGGGACUGGCAAUCGAAAAUACUAUGGCGCAGUAAUUACAGAUCUGGACGAGAACUAUAUCGACGAGCUCAAGAGCCGUGCUACUGUCAAGACAUUCAACUUUAAGUCGGGUAUUGAGUUACUUAAGGAUGCCAUGCGAUUAAAGUACGAGUCACUACUGAUUCAAGGCCAGAUGGUGCGCAUGAAGAUAUACGAUCGAAUGAACGAUAAUCACUGGGAGGACAUGAAUAAAACCAAAUUUCUCUACGAGGGACUCUUUGCAAAGUGGGAGAAGAAAGAGUACAAUGCGGCAAUGUCUAUGGUAUACCAGGUGAAAAAGUACUACGAGACCACCGACAUUCUGAAGAGGCAGCACCGAGACCUGGAGCGUGAGCUUAUGAUGCUGAACAUGGACAUAGUUUUCAUUGAAGGUCAUUGGAUACGCUGCAUUAUGCUCCAAAACUUCCAUUAUUUAUUAGGAGAUCAGGAAUGGCGAAUGGAAAACGAUUGGAUUCACCGUGUUCCUAUAACUAAGACAAAUGAAAUCGAAGAAGGGCUUGAGGAGCAGGAGAUAGAACUAGAGGAAGAGGAAGGCGAAUUUGAACUUGAGCCCUAUGACCAAUCUAUAGCCAAACGUUCAAUCGUUAAUAUACGCGUUCGUGACAAGGAUGAUGCUUGGGCCAUACGGGCAUUUUAUUAUGAUGUAUAUAUGCAAAAUCUGCAUCCUAUUUUACAGGUUUUUCCAGACGCAGAUAGCUUUUUGUUGGGCAUUGAGAAUCUCAAAAAUAAGACCUUCGUUCUAUUGCUUGAGAUGCACUUUACGCUAUCUAUUCACACAGAACUGCAGGGCCGCCUCGAAACAUUUAUCGAUUGGUGCGCCAAGGAUCUGAAAGAGAAACAAGAGUACGUAUCGCGCAAGUCAGCCAAGAAAUACUUCAUGGAGGAUCGCGCAAUUGAAAUGGAGGCGCGUGUGUAUAGUUUUUUGGACAAGCCCAUCGAACAAUCUUUUGCUGACGAUGAGUUCAACAAACACCGAUCUAUCAUUGCCGAGGUAUGGCGCCGAAUCGUUCCGAACACAGUUCGUGGUUCAGGUGACGGCAUGGCUAAUCCCGCAGACAUGGUAGCCGCUAUUAGUGAUGUGGUCAUGGAAAUUCUGGGCAAGUUCGAGCAUAUGGAUAUUGCAAAAGUAAGAACUAUAGAAGGAAAUCUACGGAAACGUCGCCGCUACCUGGAGAAGCUCUCUGCUCAGGCCUACCAAGUGGAAAGGCGCAUUGAGAUGGAAAUGAAGAAAGUGAAGCGCAAUUUGGAGCCCCCCUAUAAGCCGCCAAAGCGCGUGGGUCGCCUCCCUCGCCUAUUCCUAAAAAAGCCAGUGAAAGAACAACCCAUUCCGCCAGUGGUUGUCUCAGAGCACACCAAAUUUUUCGUACGCGCUUUCAAAGAGGCAGACGAUCCCGGUGAUACAUUCGCCCGCGACUCAUUGAUGAUUGUCGACACAAUGCAGGAACAGAUCGUUCCCUUCUAUUUCGAUCACUUUCUCAAAAUCCACGGCUACACUCCCAACUACAAUUUCAAGACCAACAUAGAGCUGCGAGAUGGGCCAGAAAUAAAUCGGUUCCGUGUUCGCGAUGUCAUACCCGAUGUUCUGCAAAAACUGGAGAACUGGGAAUUUACACGCAAAAAGAUUAUGGACGAGAACAUACAACGCAACCCAAAAAUGUACGAGAACAUAAUGUAAGCUUGAAGGCAACACUACAUUUUUUAAUGCCUCGAAAAAGCAUUUGUUGAAUAAUUGUAUUUUAGUGUAAAAUUAAAAGUUA